AUGUCGAAAAACAAAAGCAAAAUACCAGCCUCACCCAACACACUGUUGAGCUACUUCUCACGCUCUCCGGCCGGCAGUAAAUCCGCUUCGAAACCAUCAACACCAACAAGUGCUUUGGCGGCGGCACCGAAGUCCACGCUCGCCGAUUCCGAACCGGCCGACAGCACCCCGAAAAGCAAAAAGUUUACUAUCAAAAACGAAAAGGGAUCUACGAAGAAAGAGGCAAAGGAGCUAAAGGAAGAAAAUGGAAAAGAGCACGAGGAAGAGGAGGAAAUUGGAAUUCGCAAGAAACGGCGCCGUGUGAUCACGUUCGAUGAUUCGGAUGACUCCGAUUCCGGGGAGCGCCAGGCUAAAAACGAGGAGCAAGAACCGGCCCACAACAACAACAACAACAUCGCGGUUGAAGAAGGCAAAGAAAAGGACAAGAAACCUUUUGGUUUGUCCUCGUUCGAGCGGCCAAUCAAAGCAGCCGAGGAUGGCGUGGAAUCGGCAAAGAAGAAGGCUAUGGAAACCGAGGAAGAACCGGCUGUGGGUCCGGCCACAAAGAAGAUCAAACUUGAGCCUGUCAAGCGAUUGAUUGAAGAGGAAGAGGGGCCGGAAGAGCUGGCAACGUCGCUCGACGAGCCAACCGUUUGGGCCCACCAGAAGCUGGAAUUUCUCAAACCCAACAAAAUCAAAGACAUCCAUGGCAACCGGCCGGGCAGUGAGAAGUAUGAUGGGAGAACGCUUUUCGUGCCGGAAUCAUUCCUUAAUACGCUCACACCGGCCAUGCGUCAAUGGUGGGAAAUCAAGAGCCAGCACUACGACUGUGUACUGUUCUUUAAGGUGGGCAAGUUCUACGAGCUGUACCACAUGGAUGCCGAGGUCGGUGUGUCCGAGCUGGGCUUCUCGUUCAUGAAGGGCGAAUUCGCUCACUCUGGCUUUCCCGAGACGGCCUACGACCGCAUGUCGACUACAUUGAUAGAGAAGGGCUUCAAAGUGGCCCGUAUCGAGCAAACGGAAACACCGGAUAUGAUGCAAGAGCGUUGCAGGGUGCAGCGCACCAACAGCAAGUACGAUAAGGUGGUACGCCGAGAGGUGUGCCAGGUGACGGUGAAAGGUACGGAAGUGUUUGGGCAGCAGGUGCGCAUCACAACAAACCACGCGCCCCGCUACAUGAUGACGGUCGUGGAAUCGGCUCAGGGUCUGGGUGCUGGUAGCCGGUACGGUGUUUGCUUUAUCGACACCUCGAUCGGUCUCUUCCAUCUGGGCGAGUUCGAUGACGAUAACCAACAAUCGCGCCUGCUGACACUCUUUUCUCACUAUCCACCGGUAAUCAUCCUGACCGAACGUUCGUCCACCGCCUACUCGGAGGGAACGCAACGAAUCUUCAAAACUCUACUGGCACACGUGCCACGUGAAGGGCUCACCAACGAAAGCCAGCUAUGGUCGGGUGAGAAAACGUUGCGCUACCUGGCCGAGAAGUUCUACGGUGGAUCAUCCGGUGCAGAAUCGAGCAAAUGGCCCCCGGUGCUGCGCUCUCUGGUAGACGAAAGCGACAGUCUCGGAUUGACACCGAAGCAAUCCAGUCUGCUGGCAAUGAAGGCACUGGGUGGAUGCAUUUGGUAUCUGCAGCGCUCUCUCCUCGAUCAGCAGAUCAUACCAUUGGCGACCUUCGAGCACUACAUUCCGCUAGAUGAGCAGGUUGACCAAACGGCCGGUGAAAUGGGUGCACGCAUUGGAGCGGCCAAUGCAAACCGGAACAUGGUGCUUGAUUCGAUUACACUCAACAAUCUCAAGAUUACCGGUGGCGAAGGAUCACUCGUCGAUCGUAUGGAUCACUGUUGUACGAAGUUCGGCAAGCGGCUGUUCCAUCAUUGGGUCUGUGUGCCGAGCUGUGAGCUGGAAUUGAUCGUUCAACGGCAGCAGGCGGUGACUGAGCUGAUCGAUGAUGUGACGCUGCUACAAGACGUGCGCGCACUGUUGGGACAGCUGCCCGACAUGGAGCGCUUGGUAACGCAGAUCCAUGGUUUCGGUAAUGCCAGGUGUAGCGGCAAGGAUCACCCAGCCGGACGGGCCAUCCUGUACGAAGAGCUCACGUAUGGCAAGAAGAAGCUGAGCGAUUUCAUUGCCACAUUAAACGGGUUUCGAGCACUGAUUGCCCUGCCGGAUAUGUUUGCGAACGCGAAAUCGGCGCUCCUGGUGCGCCUUACCCAAUCUGCCUCGGCCGGUGGUGCAUUCCCGAUCGAGACGAUGCGCAAGCAGCUGGCCUUCUUUGACAAAGCGUUCGAUCACGAGAAGGCCCUGAAGAGUGGGACGAUUGCACCGGAACGGGGUGUCGAUAGCGAGUACGAUGCGGUCGAGCGGGACAUCGAGUCGCUAAAAGCCGAGCUAGAAGAGUACCGGGCCGAGCAGAGCAAGUUCUUCGGCUGUACGGUCGAGUACUAUGGGAACGACAAGAAACGCUACCAGCUAGAGGUGCCGGAAGCGCGUGCCAAGAAAGCGACGAGUGAGUACUCGCUCGAAAGCCAGCGUAAGAAUGCGGUCAAACGAUUCCACACCGAAGAAACGCGCCAAUUCUUGCGUCAAAUGACACAGCUAGAGGACAAUCGUAAAGCCGUGCUGAAGGACUUGGCGAGACGCAUCUUCGAGAAGUUCUCGCUCGAGUAUAGCACGUGGAAGGGCUGCGUAGAGAUGGUGGCGACGCUCGAUGUGCUAACCUCGCUGGCGGAGUAUGCACGAUCGGAAGGUGUUUGCUGCGUGCCCGAGCUAUUGCCGAAUGAACCGAACGGCAAGCCACUGAUUGAGAUCGAAGAAGGCAUUCAUCCGUGCAUUGCGAGCGAGCUGAUGGAAAGCUUCAUACCGAACGGGAUAAGCAUCGGUGGCGAAGGACGGGCCAGCUUGGUGCUACUAACAGGACCCAACAUGGGCGGAAAGAGUACUCUGAUGCGGCAGGUCGGUCUGCUGGCGAUAAUGGCCCAGAUUGGCUCCCGGAUUCCCGCCGAGCGAUGCCGUAUGACGCUCGUGGAUCGUAUCUUCACUCGGCUUGGCGCAAGUGACGACAUUAUGGCCGGUCACAGUACUUUCCUGGUGGAGUUGAAUGAAACCUCUGCCAUACUGAAGCACGCCACCAGUAAUAGCUUGGUGCUGCUGGACGAGCUCGGUCGCGGCACGGCAACGUACGAUGGAACGGCCGUUGCGGGAGCCGUUGUACACUUCCUGGCCGAUCGCCAGUGUCGUACACUCUUCUCAACGCACUACCACAAUCUGGUCGACAGCUUCCACACCGAUCCGCGAAUCGCUCUUGGGCAUAUGGCCUGCAUGGUGGAGAAUGAGGAAGGGGAUGACCCGACGCAGGAAACGGUCACGUUCCUGUACAAGUACGCCGACGGGCCGUGCCCCAAAUCGUACGGCUUCAAUGCGGCCAAGCUGGCCGGUAUGCCGAUGGCAAUCAUCAAACGGGCGUACGAGCUGUCCAAAAAGGUAGAACGUGACGCGCUGAAGCGGAAAAUUUUGAUGAAGCUGGUAAAGGGUGCACCGGAGCCGGAGAUAAGGGAUCUCGUUGCGAAGCUGCAGAACUGCCGGUUUUAGCUCCACCCAAGCUCUCUAUUACCACCGUUUUGGUUUCAUUUACAUUCGUCAGGUUUAACAUUAUUUCGUAUACGCCCUAGUAUUAUGUGCCAUCAGUACAAACUUUGUGAGGUUGUUAAGUCCCUGGUAGCAUUCGAAAAAGCAGGGCAACU